UCCAUUCGGCAAAUGGAGAUCAGACUGUCCAGAGGAGAGUGAAGACAGGAGAUGGAGAAUGGACCAUUAUGACUGUUCCUAUUCCUACAGUAGUGUCAGACUACAACAAGCACAUGGGAGGAGUGGAUAUGUCCGAUGCCCUCAUCGGUUACUACUCCGUGCUUCGAAAGACCAGAAAGUGGUACCGCUCCCUUUUCUUUCACUUUGUGGACAUUGCGGUGGUUAAUGCUUUCAUUAUCCACCAGCAGCUGGCUGCAAUGCAAAGCAAGAGGGCAAAAAAUCAGAGGGAAUUCCGGGAAGCCCUUGUACAAGAGCUUGCAGAUUGGGUGCCGCCUCCUGCUGCUCCUGCUGCUCCUGGUGCUCCUGCUUCUCACCAUCCAGCAGGACACACUCCAAAGCACAUACAACCUAACAGUAAAGUUAGAAGAAGAUGCAGAAUGUGCCACCAGAAAACACCUGUAAUCUGCAGUGUGUGUGACUUGCCUCUCUGCUUCGUUCCAAAGCGAGAUUGCUUCAGUCGCUGGCAUGAUGGUGAAAAUUUGUAAUCCUUAGCUCUGAAUAGUUGUGAAUAGUUGUAAAUAGUUGCAAAUAGUUGUAAAUAGUUGCAUAUAGUUGUAUGAACAGUUUGUCAUUUGGAUUUAUAUAACCAC